UUACCCUUUUUAUUUAUUUAUUUUAAUGUUUUUGGGGUUGGGGUCAGGCCAUCUUAUGAACAAUGGAUCCGCCGGGCACUUCGCUCGCCAAAUUGCUUGCUUUGUCAUGCGGCGGCUCCUCUCCACCGGGGCCAUGUCUUCCUCUUCCCCUUAUUCGUCGUUCCUACCAGGUAAAAACCCUAGCUCGAUCCGCCUCACGCAUCAGCGGCGACUCAAUGGUGUUCGUUUCUCUUUUCCCACCCGCUUCGUCGUCGUCGGUUCUUCCGUACGCUGCCUUGCCUCCUUCUCACCGGCCGAGCGAAUCAAAGUCCACAACCCCAUCGUUGAGAUGGAUGGCGAUGAGAUGACGAGGGUCAUCUGGAGGAUGAUAAAAGAAAAGCUAAUUUUUCCAUUUCUCGAAUUGGACAUCAAGUACUUCGAUCUGGGCCUCUUGAAUCGUGAUGCCACCGACGAUCGGGUAACCGUUGAAAGUGCCGAGGCAACUCUCAAGCACAAUGUUGCUGUGAAAUGUGCAACAAUUACACCUGAUGAAGCUAGAGUUAAAGAGUUUAAGCUCAAAUCUAUGUGGAGAAGCCCAAAUGGAACAAUAAGGAAUAUUUUAAAUGGAACUGUUUUUCGUGAGCCUAUUCUUUGCUGCAAUGUGCCACGCAUUGUUGCUGGUUGGAAGAAACCUAUAUGUAUUGGUAGACAUGCAUUUGGAGAUCAGUAUCGUGCUACUGACAUGAUUGUAAAAGGUCCUGGAAAGCUUAAAAUGGUUUUUGUCCCUGCAGAUAAAGGUCCACCUGUGGAGCAAGAUGUUUAUGAGUUUAAAGGCUCUGGUAUUGCAUUAUCUAUGUAUAAUGUAGAUGAGUCCAUUCGGGCUUUUGCUGAGUCAUCAAUGUCCAUGGCAUUUGCAAAAAAGUGGCCACUUUACUUAAGCACCAAAAAUACCAUAUUGAAGAAAUACGAUGGCAGGUUUAAGGACAUUUUUCAGGAGGUUUAUGAAGAAAAAUGGAAGUCAAAGUUCGAAGAACAAUCAAUAUGGUAUGAGCAUAGGCUGAUUGAUGACAUGGUAGCUUAUGCAUUGAAAAGCAGUGGUGGUUAUGUGUGGGCCUGCAAAAAUUAUGAUGGAGAUGUCCAGAGUGAUUUCCUCGCCCAAGGAUUUGGUUCGUUGGGCUUGAUGACGUCUGUAUUGUUAUCAUCUGACGGGAAAACAUUAGAAGCUGAAGCAGCACAUGGGACUGUGACUCGCCAUUUUAGGCUACAUCAGAGAGGACAAGAGACUAGCACGAACAGUAUUGCAUCCAUAUUUGCAUGGACACGUGGUCUUGAGCACAGGGCAGAGCUUGAUAAACAUGAAAAACUACAAGACUUUGUCCAGAAGCUCGAGUCCGCAUGCAUUGAAACAGUGGAGUCUGGUAAAAUGACCAAGGAUCUUGCACUUCUUAUCCAUGGUCCAAGAGUGUCCAGAGAAUUCUACUUGAACACCGAGGAGUUUGUUGAUGCUGUUGCUCAGAACCUUAAAGAGAAGAUCCAAGUAGCAGCAGUUAUUUAAAUGCUUUGUUAGUUUUCAAGAUGGCUGAUGUUUUUUCUCAAAAAAAAAAGAAAAAAAAAAGAAAAAAAAGAGAGAGAAAAAGAGUUGGAUUUGAAGAGUAAGUCAAAAAGUUACAGCAUCCGAUGAGCACGAAGGCUAUUAAUAAUGAGGUUUUGUCUAUGCAGCAGACAGAUAUCUGAAAAAAAAUAGUUGGUUGUUGCUUUGACAACAUAUCAGGAAUAACAAUGGUAAGCCUAGUGUUAUUGUCUUUAACGCA